GGCGGAGCUCCGGGCUCCAACCUUGACCGCCCGGCGCCCUGGGAGUGCCUCCCGCGCGCACGGGUGUGCGUGCUGGCUCGGCCCUGCCCUGGAAAUGGGCCUCUCCAGCUCUCCCCGGGCGUAUUAAACGGUUGAAGAAACCUUUUGCCAGUGGGAAUGCAAAACGAAACCAGAUGACUUUGCUUCCAGGCUAUUGCUACCCCGAGAUUCCUUCAUUUUAAAUCGUGGGAAUCGGGAAGUUUGGAGAAACGCGCGAGACCUGCCCGGCAGAGAGGCGCGGGCGGCUUUCUAGAAGAUGACCAUAGAGGACCUCCCAGAGUUCCCAUUAGAAGGAGAGUCUUUGAUCGGAAGAUACCCAUUUUUGUUUUCAGGUUCAGAUACACCCGUGACCUUCUCCAUUUCUGCAGCACCAAUGCCUUCCGACUGUGAGUUCUCUUUCUUUGAUCCGAAUGAUACAUCAUGCCAGGAAAUUCUCUUUGAUCCCAAAACUUCUGUAUCAGAAUUAUUUGCCAUUUUAAGACAGUGGGUUCCUCAGGUCCAGCAGAACAUUGACAUUAUUGGGAACGAGAUUCUUAAGAGAGGCUGCAAUGUGAACGACAGAGAUGGACUGACAGAUAUGACUCUCCUACAUUAUACUUGCAAGUCCGGAGCUCAUGGUAUUGGUGAUGUUGAUACAGCUGUAAAAUUUGCAACUCAACUUAUUGAUCUGGGAGCAGACGCUAGUUUGCGGAGUCGCUGGACAAAUAUGAAUGCUUUGCAUUAUGCUGCUUAUUUUGAUGUCCCUGAGCUUGUAAGAGUGAUUUUGAAGACAUCCAAACCAAAAGAUGUGGAUGCUACUUGCAGUGACUUUAAUUUCGGAACAGCUCUGCACAUUGCCGCUUAUAACCUGUGUGCAGGCACCGUGAAAUGCUUAUUGGAGCUUGGAGCAAAUCCCGCAUUUAGGAACGACAAAGGAGAGAUGCCCGCCGAUGUGGUUCCAGACCCAGUGGAAAUGCCGUUGGAAAUGGCCGAUGCUGCGGCCACUGCCAAGGAAAUCAAGCAGAUGCUGCUGGACGCGGUGCCCCUGCUGUGCGAUGUCUCCAAGCCCCUGCCCCCAAGUUCCGAUCGUGCCGCUGGCAAGGCAGUACUGACCUCAGCCGGCCUGAAGUUGGGGGACCGGGUGGUCAUUGCAGGACAGAAGGUUGGAACAUUAAGAUUUUGUGGAACAACUGAAUUUGCAAGUGGGCAGUGGGCUGGCAUUGAGUUGGAUGAACCAGAAGGGAAAAACAAUGGAAGUGUUGGGAGAGUCCAGUACUUUAAAUGUGCCCCCAAAUAUGGCAUUUUUGCACCCCUUUCAAAGAUAAGUAAAGCAAAAGAUCGAAGGAAGAAUAUAAUCCACUCUCCUUCUACAAAAGCUGUCCCGCUCACCAGGUCCCAGAAAAUUGAUGUGGCUCAUGUAACGUCAAAAGUAAAUACUGGGUUAAUGCCACCAAAAAGAGACGGCGCUUCGGAAUCAACGCUUUCGCUGUCUGCUGGUGAGGAACUGAAAACCGCGACGGAGAAAGAUGUUUCAGUUCACCUGCCUGGCUCCAUCAGCAGCUUGUCCUCUGCGUCUUCCUUGGAGCACAAGCAGAGCCACCCCAGGAAACUGCACGCCCGGGGCAGUGGCAAGCCGACCACGAGCAAAAGCCCGUCUGUGCCAUCCAGGGCCAGCGCUGGUUUGAAAUCUUCAGCAACAUCUGGAGCAAAUAGUACCCGCCCCGCGGGGGAGCUCCAGCUGGGGGACAGGGUGCUGGUGGUUGGCCAGCGGAUCGGCACCGUCAGGUUUUUCGGGACGACGAACUUUGCUCCAGGACAGUGGUACGGGAUAGAGCUUGAGAAGCCGCACGGCAAGAAUGACGGCUCCGUCGGCGGCGUGCAGUAUUUUAGUUGUUCUCCAAGAUAUGGAAUAUUUGCUCCCCCAUCCAGGGUACAAAGAGUAACAGAUUCCCUGGAUACACUUUCAGAAAUUUCUUCUAAUAAACAGACUCAUUCUUAUCCUGGUUUUAGGAGAAGCUUCAGUACCACUUCGGCUUCUUCCCAGAAAGAGAUUAACCGGAGAAACGCUUUUGCCAAAUCGAAAACCGCGCUGCGCCGCAGCUGGAGCGGCUCGGCCCCGGGCGCGGAGGGGGGCGCGAGGCUGCACGAGGGCUCCCAGGUCCUGCUCACCAGCUCCAACGAGAUGGGCACCGUGCGCUACGUGGGCCCCACCGACUUCGCCUUGGGGAUCUGGCUGGGGCUGGAGCUGCGGAGCGCCAAGGGGAGAAACGACGGAGCCGUGGGCGACACGCGCUACUUCACCUGCAAGCCGAACCACGGCGUCCUGGUGAGACCGAGCCGCGUAACCUACCGCGGAAUAAACGGGUCGAAGCUCGUGGAUGAGAACUGUUGAGUUAAACUCCUGGCGUGUUCGGUGAGUGAGCGUGUGUGUGUGUGUGUGUGUGCGCGCAUACACGCAUGCAUGUGUAUGUAAGACAUAGAAUAAAGAGUCGGCAAAUGUCGACUUUAAUUAGCCACUAUUUAAAAUUUGAAAAUAUGGCUGUCUUCCUAAAAACCACAAUUACAAUCCAGAGGGACUCCUUUGAAAAGCUAGCACUGUGGACUGUGGGGGUCAUGGUUCCCUCAGAACAGUUUUGAAAGAAGCGUUUUUAAAAGCUUUUGAAGCUUUAGACCCAAGACAGUUCCAAGACGUAGGGUAAACGUGCCCGUGGGUGGCCCGCUGCUGUUGCUCUGUCUCCUCUGUGCACACAGUACAGUGGGGCCUUGACUUACGAGUUUAAUUUGUUCCGAGACCGAGCUCGUUAACUCAAAUUACUCUAUUAACUCAAUGCAAAAAAUCGGCUGAGAGACAGCUGGUAUCUCAAAAAUCUGGUUAGUCGGGACCCUCAUAAGUCAAGGCCCCACUGUACUGGGUGUUUCCUGGUCGUGCGGGUUUGCCCAGCUUUGCUUAAAUCUGAUGUUCACAUGGCCUUUUCUUGUCAAGUAUUUUGGGGUUUUCGUUUCGUCCUGUACUAGUAGUACAAUAAGAAGCUCUGUGAUUAGUGUAUUUUUCAUACUUGGGGCAAAAUUAUUUGCCCUUUCAGGAGGGCCUCAUCGAAAGCUCGGUUAGAAUUUUGGAGUUGGAUGGGGCCUUGGAGGCACCUGAGCUCAGCCUCGCGUCCAUUGCCAAGCACGGACGUGGACUCUGAGCCGUUUUCUCACCCACAGCCACUGGCUAGAUGGCCAAGGCCUGAGGCGGGAGCGUGGGUCUCCGGAGCGUGGCUCACGCUCUUUCCUCUGUACAAAGCGGAUACGCUCAGCUUUCUCGUCUGAGUCGGUGACUGCUUCGUAGGUGUAUGAGUUCAAGUCAUAAUGAGGGUUUUUUGCACAUACUUAUUUAACUUCCUUAUUGGACAGAUCUCUAAAACACACACAGACACACACGAAGCACUUUACCAUAGGAAGCACUUUCAUCUUUGCCAUCAUUUCCUCCUGGGGUAUGAAAAACAUUAAAAAAUUAUAUUGAAGAGAAGAGUGCAAAUUAAGAUGUGUUAGGGAGAAUGUAGUAGUUAAUCAUUUAAGUGUUUAUGAUUUCUCGUUUUUUUGUUUGUUUGUUUUACUCAUAAAUCUGGUGUUCGCUCUUGUGGCUGUUUUGUAUUUUCAUUUGUUGAAAACCAUUCUGUUACAGCUGCGGGGCUGAGUCAUCAUGGCUUUAUUUUCCUUGUUGAGCGUGUGUUGACAAACUGCUCUUCAUAACAGAGUGAGGUGAUAAUGCCAAGCAUUUGUAUUGUGGAUAUGUAUUGAAGUUUAUGGUCUUAUAUGUGUAAUGAUUGAUCCCUAAUUGUAGAUAUUUAGACCUUAAUCUACAACAGAAAUAUUGGAACAGUUUGCUUUAUAAGAUUAAAAUCCUCCUUCAGAAUGGAGCUUACUUUGUGCUUAGAAAUACUAGGUUGAACUAUUUUGCAAUAUACUAUUUAAAAUCAGAAUUCUGUUGCUUCGCUGCCUUUUAAAAAAGAAACGUGGCAUUUCAAAUAUUGUUAGAGCUAUUUUCCUGAAAUACAUGUGCAAAAUAAGGCUGCUUUAUAACCAAGGAAUAUUUUUAUUGACUGAAGAAAAUGACUGUACUGCUAUUCAAAAGUAAACUUAUUUUAUUAUAUAGCUUAUUUCUUAAAGACUCUAUUUAUACCUUGACAUGAAAUCCCUGGUUAUACUGAACUUGGGUGUCUAUAAUUCUUCCUGUUGACUAUAAAACACUGUAAGUUAGAAGCAGUAAUGGAACACAAUUCAGUGUUGCAUUUUGAGAUCAGAAUAAUUCUCAUAUUUAGAUUAGGAUUAUUAAUGUGUAUGUUUACAGAUGCUAUACAAACAAGUUUGAUGUUUUCAUUUGUUUUGCUUAUUGAUGUCAAAAUUCACUUCUUGAGCAUUAAUAAAAGGGAAGCUAUUUGGUUUUGGAA